GAUCUAUAAAACCUAUACAACUGGACUGUCGACACCAAUCAAUAACUGAUUGUUAAACAAUACACCCAAAAUGUUCAGCAAAAUCGUAGCUUUCGGCGCACUCCUGGCUGCGGCCAACGCCGGCCUCCUCGGCCAUGGCCACGCUGUGUCUUCCCAAAGCAUCGUCCGUCACGACGAGGGUCAUUAUGCCCCAGCUCACUAUGCCGCCCCGGCUCACUACGCCUCGGCUCACUACGCCGCUCCCGUAGUCCACGCCGCCCCUAUCGCGCACUACGCCCCUGUUGCUCACUACGAUCAUCAUGACGAAUACGCUCAUCCCAAAUACGACUACGCGUACUCCGUAGCUGACCCGCACACCGGCGACCACAAGUCGCAGCACGAGUCCCGUGACGGCGACGCCGUGCACGGCUUCUACGAGCUGGUGCAGCCCGAUGGCUCCGUGCGCAAGGUCGAGUACACCGCCGAUGACCACAAUGGUUUCAACGCUGUGGUUCACAACUCAGCCCCCUCUAUCCACGCCGCUCCCGCCCACGAUUAUCACCACUAUUAAAUUACAUUGAGGAAUGACUGCCUUAUGUUAUUUGUUUGGACGCUAUUUAUAUGUUGGUAUGUGUGUGAAAAACUUGUAAAUAAAGUAUUAUUUAAUUA